AUGACCCCCCGAGACGCCCUCACCUUUCCCGAAACCGACCGCACAUUCCUAACCCCCCACCUCCCCCCUCAACAUGAAGACCCCAAAUCCACCAGCCCCCUCCCCUUCACCACCCUCACCUUCGCAACCUCACUGGACUCCUCCCUCGCGCUCUCCCCAGGCACCCGGACCACGCUCUCUGGCCCGCAAUCCAAAUCCAUGACCCACUACCUGCGCUCCCGCCACGACGCCAUCCUCAUCGGCGUCGGUACCGCCAUCGCCGACAACCCGGGCCUGAACUGCCGCAUCGCCGGAGUCGGCGGCUACGGCGGCGAGGGACUCACCGGUCAGCCACGACCCAUCGUCAUCGAUCCCAGCGCCCGCUGGGACAUCACGGCGGAAUCGAAGAUCCUGGCCCUCGCGCGCGCCAAGCAAGGCCUGGCACCGUUCAUCAUCACAGGAACGCAUGCACCUCCUUCGCCUGAGAAGCAAGCUCUACUGGAACGUCACGGGGGGAAGUACAUCGCGCUAGACGUCAGCGUGGUGGAAACGCGACCCGGCGAGGACGACGACGAGGUAGAAAAACGACGACCGACUCAUCGCAUCGACUGGACGGCGCUGUUGGAGUGUUUGCGUGUGCAGGGUCUGCGGAGCGUCAUGAUCGAGGGGGGCGGGUCGAUUAUUAACUCGUUACUGGAGCCGCAGACGCAGCACCUGAUUGACUCGGUGGUGGUGACGAUUGCGCCGACGUGGUUGGGUCGUGGCGGGGUGGUGGUUUCGCCGGAUAGGAGGGUUGAUGGUCAAGGGGUGGCGAUUCCGGCGUCUAGAUUGACUGAUGUGAAGUGGUAUUCGCUGGCCUUGGACUGGACGGAACGACGACCCCGCCAUGGUGCUGUCUAUAAAUUAUGGAAUCUUGGAAAUUCUCGUCGCAAAGGUCCUCCAGACAAUGAUCGAUAUUUCCCGAUUAUCGGAUUCGUUGAGGUCAUGGCCGGCCGGGCGGAAAAAUGCACCACUCUGGUCCAGUCUCUUCCCGCCUCUUCGGUCGAAGAGGCUGAAUUGUCGUUCCAGUUCAGUAAAGAGGAGCACGCCCAGGGCUUUUGGGUGGCUCUUCGACGUCACUGGCCUGCAGUCGCUUGGGGUCUGUUUAUGAAUCUGGCGACUAUCCUGAAAGGUAUCGAUGGCGGCAUCGUCAAAGGUCUGGUCGGUCUCGACACUUUCAAAGAGACCUAUGGAUAUCAAUAUAAAGGCAGCUACAUCAUCGCCGCGCAGUGGCUGUCCGCCUUCCAGUAUGCCAACCUGUUAGGGGCAAUUGUGGGCGCCCUCUGCUCCGGGUUCGCCUACGACCGCUUCGGCCCUCGCUGGAUGAUCGCAGUCUGCUCGGUGCUGUCCAUCGCUUUCAUCUUCAUUCAGUUCUUCAGCCAUACCCCGGCCCAACUGUUUGUCGGCCAACUCGUCAACGGCGCCAUCAUCGCCUUUUACCCGAUCUGUGCGUCGGCAUACGUCGGCGAAGUGACGCCGCUCGUGCUUCGGGGCUUCGCGGCCACCAUGACUAAUUUGGCCUUCUCCAUAGGCUCGCUGAUUGCGUCGGGGAUUCUCAAGGGCACCGAGUCCAUGCACAGCACCUUGGCGUAUAAGAUCCCCAUUGCGACGCAGUGGGCGUUGCCCUGCAUCAUGCUAUUCCUGGUUGGGUUCUGUCCCGACCCGCCGUACUGGCUCUGCCGCAAGGGCCGAGAUGAUGCGGCCGCGGCGUCGUUGCGGCGGCUGACUACGCGGGGGGUGGACGUGUCACGCAAGUUGGCGCACAUUCGAGAGACGCUGCGACUGGAGGAGAGUUUCCAGGGAGACCGGCCACACUACCUCGAGUGUUUCCGGGGACCUAAUCGCCGGCGACUCCUCAUCUGUGUAAUGGCAUACAGCAUGCAGGCGUUCACCGGGAAUGUGUUUUUCAUCAACUACGCCGUGCACUUCAUGGAACUCGCGGGCCUCGAUUCGUCUGACGCCUUUUCCAUGAACCUGGGACUCACUGCCAUCGGUUUCCUGGGAACGUGUAUCUCCUGGCCGUUGUUGUCGUACGUGGGCCGUCGUACCAUGUACAUCUUCGGCUGUUCGACGUUAGCGAUCCUGCUGUUCAUCAUCGGGGCGGUUGAUCUCGCCCCGCGAGACACACAGACGACAUGGGCGCAGUGUGGCGUCAUGCUCAUCUGUACGCUGGUGUACGACGUCAGUCUGGGGCCUUUCUGCUACGUGCUGCUGGCGGAAGUGUCGUCGGCGCGUCUGCGCGGCUUGACGAUUGCGCUGGCCACAGUCAGCUGUUUCGUGUGGUCGGUGGUGUUCGCCGUGGUGAUUCCGUACGCCAUGAAUGAAGACCAAGGGGACUGGAGGGGCAAAAUAGGCUUUCUCUUCGCCGGCAUGAGCGUCCUCUGCGCUGUAAGUGCCGACGGAUUCGGCCCGGUAUCGGCGGUUGGCGCGGCCAAUCAGGGCGAAGCUAAAGCAAGAAAAAAGAGUCAUCGACAGCAGAACAAACUUGCUCGCUUUUCCUCUCUGUUUGUGCACUCAACAUUGCUGGGAAAUCAUGGUGAGGCAACUUGUUUGGCAGCGGGCGACCGCCUCUCAGAGGGUAUGUUGGCCUGGUCAUGGCUUCUUUCCUUCCAAUUCUUUCUCUGGUCCCUGGCUAACCCUGCAAUCUUGAAGCUGGCCCCGAAAUGUCUCUCCCCACAGCGACUGUUUGGCCGCCGUGGUCUGGCCACGGAGGCCUCCUCCGCCGCCGCGUCCUCCCGGAUGCCCCCGUACCCCAAGAUCGUGCGCAACCUGGAAGAAGUACGACGAGUCCUGGGUGCCUCUCGCACCCUCACCCUCGCGGAGAAGAUUUUGUACGCCCAUCUUGCCAACCCGGAGGAGUCCCUGUUGACGGGCACGGAGAAUGGACGCGACAUUCGCGGCAAGGCCAAUUUGAAAUUGAAGCCCGAUCGCGUUGCUAUGCAGGAUGCGUCUGCCCAGAUGGCCCUGUUGCAGUUCAUGUCCUGCGGUCUGCCUUCGACUGCCGUCCCCGCUAGUAUCCACUGCGACCAUAUGAUUGUGGGAGAGCGCGGUGCCGAUACCGACCUGCCGGAGUCGAUCAAGGGCAACAGCGAGGUGUUCGAUUUCCUGGAGAGUGCUGCCAAGCGGUACGGCAUUGAGUUCUGGCCGCCCGGUGCCGGUAUUAUCCACCAGAGUGUGCUUGAGAACUAUGCCGCCCCCGGAUUGAUGAUGCUGGGGACCGACAGUCACACCCCCAACGCGGGCGGUUUGGGGGCUAUUGCCAUCGGUGUCGGUGGUGCGGAUGCUGUCGAUGCGCUGGUGGAUGCGCCCUGGGAACUGAAGGCGCCGCGCGUCUUGGGAGUGCGACUGGAGGGCAAGCUGAACGGCUGGGCCGCGCCCAAGGACAUUAUCCUGCACCUCGCCGGCAAGUUGACCGUGCGUGGUGGCACAGGUUUCGUGAUCGAGUACCACGGCCCCGGUGUGGAGACGCUGAGCUGCACGGGCAUGGCGACCAUUUGCAACAUGGGCGCCGAAGUGGGCGCGACCACGUCCGUGUUCCCCUUCUCCCCCAGCAUGGUCCCUUACCUGCAGGCGACGCACCGCGGUGACGUGGCCCAGGCGGCCUCGGCCAUCGCCGCCUCGGGCCCGCAGAACCUGCUCCGCGCGGAUACUGGCGCCGAGUAUGAUCAGCUGAUCACCAUCGACUUGUCGACUCUUGAGCCUCACAUCAACGGGCCCUUCACCCCGGACCUGUCCGUGCCGCUGUCCGCCUUUGCCGACACCGUCCGCGAGAAACAGUGGCCUGAGACGUUCGGCGCCGGUCUGAUUGGCAGCUGCACGAACAGCUCCUACGAGGACAUGACCCGUGCCGAGGACCUCGUCAAGCAGGCCUCCGCCGCUGGACUCCAGCCCACGGCCGACUUCUUUAUCACCCCCGGUAGUGAACAGAUCCGCGCCACUUUGGACCGAGACCAGACGCUCUCGACCUUCGCCGAGGCUGGUGGCACCGUGCUGGCCAACGCCUGCGGUCCCUGCAUCGGACAGUGGAAGCGUACGGACGGCGUGUCCAAGGGCGAAGACAACGCUAUCUUCACCUCGUACAACCGCAAUUUCCCCGGCCGCAACGACGGCAACCGCCGCACCAUGAACUUCCUGGCCUCGCCGGAACUCGUCACCGCGCUCGCGUACUCCGGCAAGACCACCUUCAACCCUAUGACUGACAGCCUGAAGACGCCCUCCGGCGAGGAAUUCCGCUUCCAGCCCCCGUCCGGCCAAUCUCUGCCCGGUGAAGGGUUCGCCGACGGCAACCCGUCCUUCCAACCAACCGCCGCCGUGCCCGAUGCCAGCUGCGAUGUAAUUGUCUCGCCCACAUCGGACCGUUUGGCGCUGCUCGAGCCCUUCGCCCCGUUCCCCGAGGGCGAGCUCUCGGGUCUCAAGGUCCUGUACAAGGUGCGCGGGCAGUGCACCACGGACACGAUCUCCGCCGCCGGCCCCUGGCUCAAAUACAAGGGCCACCUGCCCAACAUCUCGGCCAACACGCUUAUCGGCGCCGUGAACGCAGCCACCGGCGAGACCAACGUCGCCUACGACGACGCCGGCAAGCAGCACGGCAUCCCCGAGCUUGCCGAGCAGUGGAAGUCGCAGGGUCUUGAAUGGCUCGUCGUCGCUGAGGAGAACUACGGCGAGGGCAGUGCCCGCGAGCACGCUGCCCUGCAACCCCGCUACCUCGGCGGCCGCAUCAUCGUGGCCAAGAGCUUCGCGCGUAUCCACGAAACCAACCUCAAGAAGCAGGGUGUCGUGCCCCUCACCUUUGCCAACCCGUCUGACUACGAGCUCAUCGACGCGUGCGACUCUGUUGACACCAUCGGCUUAUACGACGUCCUGAAGGCCGGCGGCAAGGGCGAGAUCCAGCUGCGCGUGCAGAAGAAGAGCACCGGCGAGACGGCGCAGAUCCCUGUGCGCCACACGCUGAGCCCGGACCAAUGUGCAUUCAUUGCUCCUCAUCAAUCCGGAAGAGCAGAUCAGAAGCUACAGCGCAUAGCCAAGUACAAUGGCUUCCCCCGGAGUCCACAAUCUCCCGUGGAGCUCGCCCUGGGAUGUGCGCGAUUCAUGGACCCUGUCAGUAUCAGCAGAUUUUCGCGGACCUGCAAGGGCCUGUACCAUGUCUUGGAAGAUAAAAGACGGGACGCAGCAAAGAAGUAUGCUUCACUUCCCACAGGACGCGCCCCAAGAUGCCCCGAGAUACCAGACAUUCAUUAUUGGUCCCCUCUUUCUCGUUGGCAUUACACUCACCCAAAGUCGCCCGAAUCACAUGUCGAAGUGGCCAUUAUUGAGAAUCGCAUGGAAUCCCUGCGAGCGUUUCUAGAUGCAGGAGUCGACCCGAACUCUGUUGGCACUAGUGGACGUCGCUUGCUAGGUACCGCUUUUCGGCAUGGCAGACAUGAGGCUAUGAAUAUGCUUUUCGAGUAUAAGGUUGACACAAACCUACUCUUACAUCCAGACCAUCCAGAGGAACCAGACUUGUACCAGAAUUUCUCUUGUGCCAUAGGUUACGCUCUAAACUAUGAAAGUCUCAGUGUCGAUUCUUUAAUCGAGUACGCAGAAGAGUUUAAUCCUGAAAUUGGUUUCAUACCGCCACUUCUUCGUGCAGGGUGUAAGCUGGAUGCCAUGGGCUAUGAUACGAUGCGUUAUAGACAUGACUUCUACCCCCUCCUGCAAUUAUCAAACGACCAUGGAUUCAAACUAGAAAAUCUAGUUCUAAAGAAUAAGCAUGAGUUCUGUCCGAUAGUUUAUGAUAGCGUCGAAAGGGUGUUUCGCGCCGUUGCUUAUGAUCUGGCAAAUUGUCCAGUUUCUCCAGCCGAUAAAAUAAGUUGCCUGGCUCAACUCCUCGCUAGGCAGCCUCAAUUAUUAACUGACCAAGCUCACAGAGAUGUCAGACACUCCACCAUCCUUCAUGAUUGUAUAUCUGACAAAAGCUGGGAGGCAGUUAUAGCUCUACUAGAGAGCGGCACCGAGGUCGGCAGGAUUCACCGAUACAUAAUUUACCAACGCCAAGACGCUGAGGGAAAUGAAUUAGAUAUCAUGGAGGUGCUUGAAUUGUUCUGGGAAACAGAACAUCCUCAGAUUCGGGAGAGGCAUAGGUACCGGGAAGUGGAGCUGCCACAGGAUCUGAAGAUAAAGCCCCGCAUCGAAAUAAGGCUCCAGUUGACCUAUUACAAUAUUUAG